GGAAUUCCUAGAGCGGACGCUCAGGUGCGCCGUGGUGCGAGGGCGGAGCUAAGAUGCGCCGCUCAGCAAAGAGAUAAGACCGUGGUUCUUUAGAGCGUGUGGCUGUUCCUGCGGGUCCUUGGAGAGGAAUAUCACUGAGGAGGCAGUCACAAGAAGGUUCUCCAAAACAGAGCAGUCUGAGCUGGGAAUGGCGACAACAUUGGUGACUGCUUAUUCCCCGGCUCCUCUGAAUCUCAAGAAGGGGGGGCUUCGAGUAGUGGAGGAGAAUCACUGCUCUGCUCAGGAACAGGGAGUCAAGCUGCAGGGAAAGAGCACAGGCCUCGGACAGGAGCCAUUGUGCAAACAAUUCAGGCAGUUGCGGUAUGAAGAGACUGCAGGACCUCGAGAGGCACUGAGCCGGCUCCGGGAACUGUGCCGACAGUGGCUGCAGCCUGAGACCCACAGCAAGGAGCAGAUCCUGGAGCUACUGGUGCUGGAGCAGUUCCUGACCAUCCUGCCUGAGGAGCUCCAGGCCCGGGUGCGGGAGCAUCACCCAGAGAGCGGGGAAGACGUGGUGGUCGUACUGGAGGAUUUGCAGUCAGAGCUGGGUGGAGCAGGACAGCAGGUGGACCCAGACCAGGCAAAGAAACAGAAAAUGCCUGUGGAGGAGACAGCCCCUCUGAAAGCAGUGCUGGAGCAGCAGGUCCAACCUGAGUGUGAUGUUCCAAAGCCUGAAAGAGAGAAGGGUAAGGAGACCAAGAUUGCGAAUGGGAAGCUGGUUGUAGAGAAAGGCUCCUGUGGAGGAGUAGAAUCAUCUGGGAAAAUAUCUGAACCCAAAGAGACUCAUUACAAGGACUCUGACUUGGAUAGGCAGCAGAUCAAGCCCAAGGAGAUUGACUAUAAAUGCUCAGAAUGUGGGGAGGGGUUUAUCCACCACUCAGACCUGAUUAAGCAUGAAGGUUUGCACAAGGGAGAAAAGCUCUGUGAAUCUGAAGCAUCUCAGAGUUCUAAUCUUACUGGACUUCAGAAAAUCCACUCUAGAGAGAAAGGUCAUCAAUGUGAUGAGUGUGGGAAAGCUUUUCAGAGAAGUUCACACCUUGUCAGACAUCAAAAAAUUCAUCUUGGCGAGAAGCCUUAUCAGUGCAAAGAGUGUGGAAAGGUCUUUAGUCAGAAUGCUGGCCUUCUGGAACAUCUCAGAAUCCAUACUGGAGAGAAACCUUAUCUAUGUAUCCAUUGUGGAAAGAAUUUUCGGCGCAGCUCUCACCUUAAUCGACACCAGAGAAUUCACAGUCAGGAGGAGCCCUGUGAGUGUAAGGAGUGUGGGAAAACCUUUAGUCAGGCCCUUCUUCUCACCCACCAUCAGAGAAUCCACAGCCACUCCAAAGGCCAUCAGUGUAAUGAGUGUGGGAAAGCCUUCAGUUUGACCUCAGACCUUAUUCGACACCACAGGAUUCACACUGGAGAAAAACCUUUCAAGUGUACUAUAUGCCAGAAAGCCUUCCGACUAAACUCGCACCUCGCUCAGCACGUGAGAAUCCACAACGAGGAAAAACCCUAUGGAUGUAAGGAAUGUGGAGAAGCGUUCCGGCAGAGGUCAGGUCUUUUUCAACAUCAGAGGUAUCACCACAGAGAUAAACUGGCCUGAUGCGGUGUCUUCUGUGGACUGUCAGAGACAGUGCAUUAAUAAGCAAGCAGCACUUUAGGAAAGGUCACUCUAGCAGAGAACUUUUUGGGGCCAAGUUGGAGGCUAUCUACUUCUACUCUUUCUCCUUUGUUUUCCUUGUAGUCGGCUUUGGACCACAAUAAUUUGACGCUGGGUGGUGUGGGAUCAAAGGUAAACAGGCGUUCUUACCGCAGGACUUCUCAGAGCCUUUAAUGUGGUAAAUGCAUAUUUGUAUAUCUCCAGGUAGUAGAGGGCCUCAUGAACUAUGGCAGCAGACUCCUAUACGAUAAAAGCAAUGAGCUUUGGAAAUGUCUCACACUCAGAGGGAUCUUAAAGUGCAGGUCAAUGUGAACAUUUACCCCACUGGCUUUACUACCCUUCCCACCCCCAACCCCCAGUCAGCAGAAGCAUUUUGGAAAGCAAAGAUCAUCUAAUUUUACCAUUUCCCAGCCCCAUCUCUGCCAUAACACCUCACUGAUUCAAGUUAGAAAUUACAGUUUCAUUUAGACUAUGGAAGAGAUCUCAUAAGUCAUUUAAAUGAACUGGGCUGAAUUAAUCUAAGUAGCAACUAUCUUACUUGAUAACUCCAGUGUCAGUAUAGUGGUUGCCACAUAGACUCUAUUCAAUAAAUGGUUGGGGGAAGAAAUUGGACUUUUUUCCUUUAAUACUGAUGGUGUAAUUUUAAAAUAUUCCUUGUUUUGGAAUUUUGGAAGUCAAAUAAUAAAGUCAGCUUGGAGGAGGUCAUGAUCUUCACAUUGUAAAUGCCAAAAUGUUAAUGGUAAUGAAUAUUGAGCUUUGGGGAGUCCACUUCUGAAUACAUCACUGGGGUGAUUGGUUAACACCACUUGCAGGUUAGUAAACAUCACUUGCUGGUUGGUGGUAGUUGCUUGGGAUACUGCUGUCUGGAAAAGACUUUGCAGUCUGUCAUGCUGAUGGAAAGACUGGUGAACCCUCAUAUUUUACUAAAGUCUUGGUUCUGCUGCAUAUAGUUUAAAAAACAAAAGUGGGAAUGACUUAGUAAAAGUUUGUUUUUCUUUCAGAUAGGAAAGGCCAGAGACGAGCAGUCCAGGAAUGGUAAGGUGGAUCCAUGACAUCACUAGGGACACCAGUCUCUGCCAUCAGCCCUUAAGGUUUACCAUGUGAUCCUCAGUGACUGCUGAAGCUCCAGCUAUCAUAUGCAAAAUGUGGACAAAAGGAGAUUCCUCCUGGUCAGUCAGUUCCCUUUGAGCAGCCUUCCCAUAAAUAACUUCAGCAUGUAUAUCGUAGGCCAAAAUUUAGGAAAGGGAAGCUGGAGAGUGUCUUAUUCUGGGUUGCAGAGUACCCAGCUGAAAAAUCAGUCUUCUGUCACCAAGAAUAAAGGGGACAAUGAAGGCUGAAGUAAGGGCUUAGGAGUCUUUGACCCACUUCCCACUACACUCUGACUGGGUGCAAGCUGAUCAGAAGCAACAGUUAAUACCAUUUUUGGGAGGAGGACCAAAUCUGCAGGAGAAGCAGCUGUAAUUUUUUGAGUAUUUGAAGAAUUUCUUGAAAAGUCAGUCAUAUUCCAUCGCUUAGGAAGCCAUGAGGUAUGUAUCUUUUAUUCUGCCUUUAUCAGUAAAGUUAAGUGGAUAACGGGAAUUUUUCCAAGAGUUUUGAGGGGUUUGCUGAGGUCAGUGAGUAAACAUUUAACUCCAGAUCAGUUUAAAUCCAUUGGAUUCUGUUCAGUUUAAGGAAAGAACAUGGAAUAUCUUUAUUAUUCUCAUUAGAAAGUAAUAAUUAGGAGUUCCCAUUGUGGCACAGUGGUUAACGAAUCCGACUAGGAACCAUGAGGUUGCGGGUUCGAUCCCUGCCCUUGCUCAGUGGGUUAACGAUCCAGCGUUGCCGUGAGCUGUGGUGUAGGUUGCAGACGCGGCUCGGAUCCCGCGUUGCUGUGGCUCUGGCGUAGGUCGGUGGCUGCAGCUCCGAUUCGACCCCUAGCCUGGGAAUCUCCAUGUGCUACGGGAGCGGCCCAAGAAAUGGCAAAAAGACAAAAUAAAAAAGAAAGUAAUAAUUAAAAGAUUCAAAGUAUGAAGGCUUAUAUAACAAAUAUCUGGAAAAUUUAUUUUGACUUUAUCUUUUCAUGAUGAUUCCAUACUUGGAGGUAUUAUAAUUAUUCUAAGUUCAUUGACACUUUAACCUAAUUGUUCCUUUCAGUUCCAAAGGAGGUGGUUUUCUCACCUAUACCCUGGGGCCAGACCCAUAGCCACUUGGGCAUAAAUGUUGGAUAGAGCUAUAUUUAAAUAACAUGUUUUCCUUAUUUAUUCUUGAAAACUGGACAAAGGGCAAAGGUUAUAACAUCUUGAUUCAGGUUGUGCUUGUAGUAUAAGACAUCCUAAACACACUAAAAGACAGUUAAAUUUUUUUUCAGAGGCAGAAACCCAAGAAACCCCAGCAGUGUCUUGUCUUGAUCAGCCAUUUUUUUUAGGUCUGCUUUUUUUUUUUUUUUUUUUUUUUGUCUUUUUAGGGUGGUACCUGUGGCACAUGGAGGUUCCCAGGUAGGAGUACAAUUGGAGCUGUAGAUACUGGCCUACGUCACAGCCACGGCAAUACCAGAUCUGAGCCACUUCUGCACCCUAUAUACCACAGCUCAUGGCAAGGAGGAUCCGUAAUCCACUGAACAAGGCCAGGGAUCGAACCUGUCAGAUUUGUUUGUGGAUACCAGUCAAAUUUGUUCUGCUGAGCCACAACAGGAAUUCCCUAGGUCUGCUUUUUAGAGGAGUGAAAGAAUGUUUUUACUGUCAAAAUUGAAUCUUUUCACUUGUUAAUAAGUGAAUUCUGAUUAAACAUGUUAAUUCUGA